CCGAUGCAUACUUUUCGAUCGUUUUCGAGAAAGAACAGGACCGAGGGGGAUUGUCGUUUAAUGCACCGUGUUGAACAGUCGGAACAAUUAUUUGCGAUACACUCCGAGCAAGCGCGUCGGAUCGCGAUGCAACGCGAUGUAGCGCGACGAGUCGGCGAUCGGCCGCGGCGCCGUAUCUGCGGAAGUCACGCAUAAAAGUCGACACGCGUAAUAAAGCGAUAAAAGAAAUGCCAAAGUCUCGCCCCCUGGGUCUUGCGUAAAAUUAAUAAUAAUCGCUCGUCGCCGUCAUCGUCGUCGUUGCGUGACGACACGCACACACUAAUGCGAUAGGCGCCGGCAAUUAAUCCGUAAUAACUAGCCGCGCGUGUGAUCGGAAUACUUCUUGAAGUUACCGAAGUAUCUGAAACAGAUUUCGCGCGUGACGUCGAUCGCAGCUACGACACGCUCGUGUAACUUGCAACACGAUCCUACGUAAUUAUUCUAAUAAUAAUUAAUGACGCACCACGCAUCGGUGUCGUCACAUUGUUUAUUACGUGCCCACCCUUUGAGAAGCGCGCGACACAUUGCUAUGAAUAAUGCAUCCAUUAAAUACCAUCGGAUACACCGAGAGGGUUCAUAAUCGAUGGGACAUCCUGCGGACGAGGCAGUGGCGAUUGAGACAUGGAUAGUAAUAGUCUGCCGUUAACGUCCAACAAGAAGAUGCUCAGUCCUUCGAGCAACUGGGGCCUCAGCCUCAACAAGGACACCUCCAAGGCGGUCAAAGUGAUCAUAUUGGGUCAACCGGGCGUCGGCAAAUCGGCUUUAGCCGUGCGAUUCGCCACGAAACGCUUCAUCGGGGAGUACGACUGCACCACGGACAGGAUUUACCGAGUCGACAAUCAUCUGGGAUCUUCGUGGGAAAUAGCAGACCCCCCAGGAUAUCCGGCCAGCUCCGCCGAGCCGAAAUUACGAUGGGCCGAUGCCAUAGUUCUCGUUUACUCAGUAACGGAUCGGGUCAGCUUCGACGAGACUUCUCGUCUCAGGUUUUUGGUAUCCCACGCGAGGAAAGGCAGGAAGGUGCCGCCGGUCGUGUUGCUUGUGGGAAACAAGGCCGAUCUCUCCUGUUCGCCGGGUGAACGCAUGGUGUCUGCCCUGGAAGGCCAGAAAAGGGCAAAAGAAAUCGAGGCGCACGCUUUCCACGAGAUUUCCGUGAGGGAAUCGGUUGACCAGGUCACGGCCGUAUUUAUGAACGUACUAAGACUGCUGACUGAAAUGCCCAGUAGUCCAGGACAGCCAUCCUUCAGAAUGCGAGCAUGCACAGACGGGACCAUAAACACUCUCCGCCGACCGUCACCCCCGCCGUCGAAAAGAAGGUUUAGCAUUUCCGCUCGUGGGACUUUAUUGUAAUCGUUAGAUUUAUUUCAAGAUUUAUUUCAAGAUGCAAUUUUAUUGUAGUAAACAUAGGAGAUGUUGUAUAAAAAUUGUACUGUUGUGUAACUGUUUUAAUAAACAAGCAUUUGUAAAAAAAAACGUGCACGAUG